AUGGCGGCCACAGCAGGGGGAACAGGCGCAGCAGGGGCCGCAGGCGCGGCAGGAGGGGGAGCGGGGACCACUGCAGGGACGGCGGGAGCAGCAGCGGGGGGAGACACAGGCGCUUCUAGCCACUUCGACCCGCAAUCCGACCUGAGUGACACGGAGAAGCGGCGCGAACUGGUGAAGGCGAUUCUGGAGGACCCAAAUUCCAAAAUCGCCAAGGAGGUGACGCGCAACAACGUGUUCCGCGAGCACAUGCCCACGUUUGGGUUCGUGCAGUUCGCGAGCUACCGCAUGAGCGAAAGCAAGUUCGCCGUGGUGGGACUGGCGUCCCGCGUGCUCAAGACGUCGCGGGAACUGGGCCGGUGCCUGUGGAAGGAGAAGCACGGCGGCCACAGGGUCACGGGGCAGCUCGUGGGCGACGACCACAACAAGCGGUACGAGGCGGUGGUGCUGGUGUGCGAACUAGAGGAGUCCACUGCACAGGACUUCGGAGGAAUCCUGGUGGUCACAGUGGACAAAGAAGACAUCGUCGCAUACAUCGAGGACCAGGGCCAGUACCCCUCCGCCAACCCCGCCCCGCCGUACCCCCACCGCCUCACCUACUGCUCCCCCCCGCUCGCCACGAAGCUCAUCCCGAUGCGCAUCUAUGAGUGGAUAGAGUACCACCUGCACGUGGGGGUGGACCGUGUGGUGCUGUACGAUGCAGGCGCGCUGGACCCCGAGAUCAUGGGGCUCAUAGAGGGCUUUGUGGAGGGCGGGUUCGUGCAGAUCGUGGACAUGCGGCGCGUGGAGCAGUUUGACAUCUGGGAGUCUGGGAGGUUGCUCGCGAUGAAUGAUUGUGUGCACCAGCACGCGUUCACCUCCCAGUGGGUGUUCUUCGCCGAGAUGAGCGAGUACUUCUCGUCCAGGUCCGGGGAGGAUAUGGCGGCCGUGCUGAGUAGGUUUGAGGGGCGGCCGUACGUGUCGUUUGGCAGCCGAUGGUGGUCGCUGGAGAAGUGCGUUCAGGUGGAGGGGGCAGGGGGAGGGGCGGGGGGAGGGGUAGGGAGGGGUGCGGGAGGGAGGAGCUUGCUGGCUGUGGCGGGCGGGGGCGGUGGAGGAGGGUCGGCGUUAAGGUCGGUGGGUAAUAGCACGGGAGCUGGUGCGGGUGCAGGUGGUGAUGCUGCGCGCACAGCUGGAACCACAGGUGCUGGUGCUACUGCUGGUGCUGCCGGCGGUGGUGAUGCUGCAACUGCUGGGACUGCAGGUGCUGCUGGUGGUACUGGUGGUGGUACUGCGGGUGCUGCAGGGGGUGGUGGUGGUGGUGUUGGUGCAUCUGGUGGUGGAGCCGGUGCUGCUGCUGGUAUGGGUACAGCCGGUGCGGCUGGCGCCACUGCUGCCGCUACAGCCACCACCACCAUCACCACAGCCACAGCAGCAGUGACCACAGCCGAGCCGCCCCCAGCAGCCUCACCGGUGUGGGCAGUGGAGCGCAUGCGCUUCCACUGGCCGCAGCUGUUCUGCACCAACAAGGACGAGUACCCGCGCGCCGAGAUGUGCCUGGGGGAAUUCGGCUACCGCCGAGUCGCCGUGGAUCCAAGACAAGUCAUGACCGUCCUGGUUCACCGCACCAGCGUGCCCGAGAUGGGCGGCGACGACUUGGACGCUAGUGAGGCGCGGUUCAACCGGUACCCACUGCUGACGGAGGAGACGAGGAAGGCGUGCCAGAGAGAGGUUCGGCCAGGGGAGGUGGUGGAGUGGUGGGUAAGGGACGCUGAGGUGGCGGAGAUUGCGGAGAAGGCGCGGAAGAGCCCUAAGGGGCGGCCGCGGGUCUCGUCUGUGUUGUCUUCUGCUCGAAGAUGA